AUGGAUCAAGUGCCCAAGGGUGCCAAGCCGGGCGGAAAACAAGAACCCUCAAGAGAGCCAAAAGCGACAGGAACAAGGCGGUGUUUCCGCUGCAACGGCUACCACGACGCUACAAGCUGUGGAUUCCGCAACGCAGAGUGUCAUUUCUGCAAGCGGAAGGGGCACAUCGUUCGAGCCUGCCGUCAAAAGGAACAGGCAAGGAGCAGGGCCAAGAGCAACAAUAAACGCCCAGGCAAGUUGGGACGCUCAGGAGUGUACGGACUUUACCACAUCGCCAGUGGACUGCCGGCUUUCGUGGCAACGGUCACCGUGAACGGACAGGAGGUAUCGAUGAAAGUGGACUCUGGAUCCGUUUGUUCCAUUGUCAACCUGAGGAUGCUGAGCAAGCUCGGAAUCUCGAGGAAGGCACUUCGACCGUGUUCCAGAGGAGUGCGGACCUACACACAGCAGCCUGUCCAGAUCGUGGGUGAAGUGGAAGUUCUUAUCAAGUACAACGGUAGAGUGUGCAAGCUACCUCUGCUCGUCACAAAAGGGUCUGGAAUCAGCAUCCUGGGGAGAGACUGGUUUCAACCGUUAUUCAUAUCCCUGGAAGGACUGCACCAGCUCAACGGAGCUCCAGUUUCCUAG